AAAAGGUCAGGAGCGUCAUUUCGCCUCACCGCUCAUUAGGAAAUAUCCUGUGUGUGGGACUUGAAGUAACCGGCUGAUUAUACGGUCAUUUUCAAAAAAAAUACCAACAUGGCGAAGAAGAGAAGCGGCGUCCGCGAACCAGAGGGCGCUACUGUGAUAGCAGAGGAAUCGACGACAAAAGAAAAGCAGCCUCUUAAAGCAUCGCAGUAUACCGGAGAAGGAUCUGCACGCAUGUCCCUCCUCAUCCUGAUCUCCAUCUUUGCCUGCGCUGCUUCAGUCAUGUACCUGGUUUACAGGAAUUUCCCUGAGCUAAGCGAAGACGAGAGGGAUAAAAUAAAAAUCCCCAAAGACAUGGACGACGCUAAGGCACUGGGUACCGUGCUCUCCAAAUAUAAGGACACCUAUUAUACCCAAGUGCUUGUAGCAUAUUUUGCUACUUAUAUCUUUCUCCAGACAUUUGCCAUUCCAGGUUCAAUUUUCCUCAGUAUCCUCUCUGGUUAUCUGUAUCCCUUCCCCUUGGCCCUGUUCCUGGUUUGCCUGUGCUCGGGGCUGGGAGCGUCUUUCUGCUACAUGUUGUCGUACUUAGUGGGCAGACCGGUGGUGUACAAGUACCUCACAGAGAAAGCGCAGAAAUGGUCACAACAGGUUGAUAAACACAGAGAGCACCUUAUCAAUUACAUUAUCUUUCUGAGAAUUACACCUUUCCUCCCUAACUGGUUUAUCAACAUCACUUCCCCGGUCAUCAACGUGCCUCUGGGAGUCUUCUUCUUUGGUACAUUCCUUGGAGUUGCUCCUCCAUCUUUCGUAGCGAUAAACGCAGGAACGACGUUGUACAAGCUGACCACAGCGGGCGAGGCCGUGUCCUGGAACUCUUUGGCUGUGUUGGCGGUUCUGGCUGUAGUCUCUAUUCUCCCAGUGUGCUUCCAGAAAAAGCUGCAGGAAAAGAUGGAGUAAAGCACCACCUCGUUUCCUUUGCUCAUCCUUCCAUCCUGCUUGUCCUGGGCCUCUCACACAGCUGUCUUUUUUUUUUUUUUUUUUUUUUUUUCUUUGUCAGUUGUGGAAAACGGGCCCAGAACUGUUGAACUCGGACUGGCUCGUAACCACAACCUCGUUCUUUUUUCCUGUGUCACAGAACGAACAUUUAUAUCCAUGAUCUUAUUAUUGUUUUGUACGUUCUUAACAACCAUGUGUAAUUAAUGUUCCCAUAUUACGCUUUUUUUUUUUUUUUUUUUUAAUUUUCUAACUUUAAAGCAAUACCUUUUGAGGAGUUUUUAACCCAUGUUGCAUUGGUGCUACGCCAGUUGAAAUUGAAAUACGACACCUCUCGCGUAUGUCGUGCCAUCGACAACGUUCGGCUAUAACAGUAAAUUUAAAUAAAUAAAUAAAAAAGGUUUGUGUUGGUGGAUGCACGAAUCCUGCAGCCAACCACAUGUAGGAGAUUUUUCUGGUAAUUCUUUUCUCCACAUAUUUAUGUAUCUGAAGACACUUUUUUUUUUUUUAUACACUGAUCAGUCAUAACAUUUAACCCUUGUUACCUUGGCAUCUGUGAAAGGGACAAACUGUGCUGGCUAGACCUCUGGGUCAAAACAACAGGCCUUGUGAGGAGUUUCUGAUGUGCAGUAGCAUUAAAAGUAAUCCAAACACUGGUCCAGUCCAGAGAUGAUCCACAAAGACCACAUGAGCAUCAGAACUGGACCUUGCAGCAAUGGAAAAAGGUGGCCAGGUCCAGGUCCUCCCUCUAUAGAUGGCACCAGGAUGCAUCAUGAUGUACAAACAAAGCCAGCAAAACUAGUGCGAUGCUCUGGGAAAUGUUCUGCUUGGAAACCUUGGGUCCAAUCCAGCAUCUGUGAUCCUGGAUGUUCUCUACAAACACUUUCAAUCCAUUAAAGCCACAUCUUGCAACUUACAUGGGUGUAAAGUAUCCGCUGCUAACAUCUUGGUGUCGUACCACAGGACGCCUUCAGAGGUCUUGUGGAGUCCGUUCUUUUAAUGGGUCGGUGCUGUUUUGACAGCCCAAAGGGAUCUACACAAUAUUAGGCAGGUGGUUUUAAUGUUAUGGCUUAUUGGUAUAGAAUGCCUCAUAUGUAUUGUGUGGUGUUUUUUUUUUUUUUAUUAUCUAUUUUUGUUUUAAAAUUAGAUUGCAGUGAUUCUUUUGAUUUCUUUCUCCACCUUGGACAAAUACGAUAAUACAAAUAUCGGAGUAAGAAUGAUGAGUUUUAACUGAUUCACUUAUGAAGACUGAAGUUAGAAGGAACCACUUAAAUCUUAAUUAUAUUACAAAGAAAUAACAAGAAAUGCAUCUCUACACAACAAGCAGUGGUGUUUGCACCGAAAGCAAGUGUGUUAGGAGAACUUUUCUACCACACACAGGUAGAAUCUGGAUACCUCAUUGUGUAUGAUCUCACUGUUUACUACAUCUUCAUCCAAAGCAUCGGUUAGUCCCACAGAGAUCUAUCCUGCUUCUGGAAGUACUUCUGCUCUAAUUUUUUUUUUUUUUUGCCUUAGCUUUUCAGCUAAUAAAUAAAUGAAUCAAAUGUAAAGAGUGUGUCUAGACUACUGUAGGAGCAGGAUUGGGAACCUUCGGUUUAAGAUCGCUUUCUCCAGCUCGGAGACAUAACCUACAGCUCUGCGUUUAUCCCAUGAACCUCUUGAAUCAUUUUAAAAGCACAUUCAUUUGCCUAAGGUGCAUCUCUACAAUGCCUUUUCUUUGUCUUAUAUUUUGUUCAUGACUGUUCUCUCUCGACUGAUGAGAUUUGGUUUGCCUCCAUACAUACACACACAGACACACACACACAAAUACAGUAUUACAUUGACCUCUCUGGAUGUUAUAUGUAAAUACUAAUAAAUGAUAACUUUUUCUUUCAAAUGUCAUUAUGAAAUAUUAUAUAAUGAAGAUAUUUAUUAAGAAACUAUUAAAACAUGGUUCACUUCA